AUGACUCAAAGGGCGCCGAUCCUCACACUGUUAUUUCUCCUCUUGUCUGCAGCGAAGCCGCAGCCGCAGGGUCCCCCGGGAGGCGUUAUCGGGAUCCUCGGAGGUGUCGUUGCCAUUGGACUCAUCGCCGGCGUGGCUGUUACUGUUUUCAUGGUCCAUCGGCGGCAGCAGAAGCCCCGCACUGAGACAGAUAAUGACCUGACCGACCUCCCACCUGCCCACAAGCCAGCCCCUCCCCCGCCUAAAAAGAAGAACAGUGACAUGAAGGGACACCUGACAUCCGAUGACAUCCAGGUCGUUCAUCUGGACAAGGAGGAGGAAAUGCAGAAGCUUCCUCUCCAGCCUCCCUACUACGACAUGGCGCCCUCUGAGUCGACCCCCUUCACUGAUAAACCGGACUCUGGGAGGCUUCCAGAAGAGCUGUUGAACCCAGCCGAAUACAUGAGCUACCAGCGCGUCUGCAACAUGGAACACUUCCCCGAGUCUCAGCCCGCUCCGGCCUACCCUCCCGUUACUUUCCUGCCCCAGCACGCCUACACGCAGCAACCACCCAACGAGCCCACGUACUCCAACACCAGCUUCCCGGCCCCCGACCCUCGAGCCCCGUUCACGUUCCCCAAGGAGCAAUCCGUGUGA